AGGAUUAGAAAAUUUGUCAUGUAGCAUAAUGGGGCGCAAUACGCACCCGGCGCAUCUUAGCAUUCUGAAUUUCUCACAUUCUUCUUCCUCGCCCGCAUUGCGACCACACCGGAGGGGGAAAGCCUCUUUCUCUAUCGGCCACUGGGAGACCUUUCGUAUUCUUAUCUUCAUAUCCACGCAAUUAGGACCCAUCUCUGCUCUCUAAAAAACCGUACUUUCUCCCAUCAAUCGAUAGAAGCUUAUAUUGGAGUAAAAUCCCCGAGUGUCCAAAUAUUACCUGACAGCUGAAUCAGUAGUAUUACGGUUUUGCAGCACCCCGAAAGCUGGAAUCGGGUCUUUAUUGCUAUCAUCGCACGAAUUUCGUCUGUUCUAUUGGUAGUUUCGAAAAGUUAUAUGGACUCUUUGGCUGAUUCAUAAUGCGUGCGGUUGAUAUCGAUUCCCUCUGUUGAAUUUGGAGCAAAAAGGGUUCGACAUUCGAAGAUUUAGUUAGUGGAAAUGAUGUCCGCGGAGAGAUCGUUUGAAGCAUGGGAAGAGGUGCAAAGACAAGGGCAAGAUUUCGCUGAUAGACUGGCACAGGGGUUUACGGGGUUGAUUCAUUCUCAUAUUGCCCCUCCCUCGUUUUCGUGGCCAACCCCACAAACGCCGAAGCUAUUUGAUGUUGAAUUUCCAGCUCAGAGUUUUGUUCCUAAGGAUUUUGGGAUUGCAGUCGAUAAAGCCAGCAUCCAAGGGGUUUCUGCGAUUCUUGAUAUAGGGAAUAAGAUAGGGCAGGCUGGAGCUGACUUUGGAGCUUGUUUGGAUGGUAUGGUUCAGCAGUUCGCCAGAUGGUUUCCAGUUCCCUUUAAGCAUGAAGAGAUAUCUAGGGUAUCUCUGCAGGCAGACACAAAUAGACAAAGAAUUGAUAUGUGUGUUAACCCCCAGGAGGAUUUGGGGUUGGUGACACAACGGCUUAGAGAUUUUGGGCGUAUGGAAAAUGGUGAUGCUCAAGAUGGAUCCACUGAAGAAGACAAUUUCGGUGCUAAUCUGAAGAAAUUGAAGCACUUUGGUAAAUCUCAGGGUACAUUUAAUUUUACAUCGACAUACAACAACAUUACACAAAAAUUCGAGAGUUCUCUAACUGCAAAGGGAGAUCUAUGGAGAGUUGAAGCAUCACAAGGCCGGUCCACAUCUGGAAAUGAGAGCUCCUCUUUAUUCCUACUCCAGCUUGGACCAGUUCUAUUUGUUCGUGACUCAACACUUCUUCUACCUGUCCACUUGUCAAAACAACAUUUGCUUUGGUAUGGCUAUGACAGAAAGCAUGGAAUGCACUCUCUUUGUCCAGCUGUAUGGUCAAAGCAGCGGAAGUGGCUGUGUAUGUCGAUGAUUUGUCUCAGCCCUCUUUCUUGUUCAUUUAUGGACUUGCAGUUUCCAAACGGUCAGUUCACUUACAUAUCUGGGGAGGGCAUAUCUACCAGUGCUUUUGUUCCUCUGUGUGGAGGCUUACUUCAAGUUCAGGGUCAAUGUCCAGGUGACAUCAAGCUCAGUUACUCUUGCAAGAACAAAUGGGGAACAUGCAUUGCACCCACACUGCAGUGGCCUGACAAAUCAUUUACCCUGGGAUUUUCCCAGCCAUUGGCUUGGAAGAGAUCUGGUCUCAUGUAUAGGCCAAAUAUUCAGCUGAGCUUAUGCCCCACGUAUGGUGGAAGCAACCCUGGAGUUCAAGCAGAGCUUACUCAUUCUCUUGGGAAUGAGUUGAAUCUCAUCUGUGGAUGUGCGCUUGCAAGACAUUCUUCUGCUUUUGCAUCGUUAUCUCUUGGCCGAUCCAAGUGGAAUGGAAAUGUUGGGAGCUUAGGUGCGGUUUUGAAGAUUGAAACUCCUAUUGGCCGUGCUGGCAACCCUUCCUUGUCCUUGCAAUUUAAUAGCGGGUUUGAGCUGUGACUAGUAUUUAAAAAAAACAUGGGCGUUUGAUGAUUGUAAUCUGUGUACAUUUAACUGUUGAGGAAUGCUAGGGUACUCUUCUAUGCACUCUUAAUGGGAAAGAGGUGCUUAAUAGAGAGUACAAUAGAGAGAAGCUAUCAUUCCUCAAAACUUUUUACCUUCCCAUCCCCCCCCCCCCCCCCCCCCCCCUUUGGAAGUGAAAUGUUAAUAGCUAAUAGCUUGAUGUCAUAGCACAAAACUUACAUUGUGAAUAAUAAAUUAAUAUUAAACGCAGUAUUA